UCAUCUCUGGAAGGAACACUUGCCGACAUCGAUAGCUAGCUCUUGAUCGAUUGUGCAAACUAAUGCGCAAUUUUGGUGUCCCUCUCAGAGGCAAUUUUGGAGCACACUUAAUUUGGUGGUGAAAACAGCUAGCAUGACCGGUUCCAAAAGGAAGGGCGAGUUCACCAUCAGGUCGAUUCACACUUGGUGCAGAUUCUUAAUAGCAUCAGCGAGACUGAUAUCACCUGAUGGACCAUCAAGCCCGCCUAUAAAUAGCACGCUCGGCGUCCAUCGAGUGACACCAAAGCGAGUAGAGCGAAUUACUAGUACUUAAACUCUAAUCCGGCCGGCCCAACUGGGUAUAGCGAUCGAUGGCGUCUAAGGGUGCCGCCGUUGCCGUUCUUCUGGCAAUCGCCACGGUCGCGGCAAUGUGCGCCGUGUCCGCCGCGCAGACCAAGUUCGGCAAGCUCGUCAUCACCGGCGUCGUGCCCUGCAACACCGGCACCCUCAUCGACGUCGCCACUUCUCCAGCGUUCCCAGACGCGGACGUGGAGCUGCGGUGCGGGGGCAACGUGGUGGCCGGCGCCAGGACGAACCGCAACGGGUCCUUCGCGAUCGAGACGGACAUGACCAACGCGCUGGCGGCGCUCGUCGGCGCCUGCGAGCUGGUGGUGGACACGCCGCUGGUCAAGUGCGACGGGAGGCUGCCCACGGCGGGGGCGCUCGUGUCCUACCUGCAGGGCCCGCUCGCCAGGCUGCUCAGCGGCAUCUUCAAGCUCGCCCCCGCCGGCUUCUCCUUCCGCAUGAGCUGAUCGAUCCACGGUUCCACUCGACGCAUGCAGCAUUGUGGCCUGACAAUAUGCGUAAGUCAUGCCAUGAGAACAGAGGACAUUAAUAUAAAUGCACUCCUUCGUAUAUGUAUUUCAUGGAAUGGAGCAAAACAACCGAUAUGAUGUACGGUAUGUACCAGCAUAUAUGGAAUAAGAGAAUCCAAAUCAUACCCUGAUCGAA